CACAAACAGAAAGAUCAGGCUGAGACUCAUCCAUGGCUAGAAUUUGUGACUUCUGCUCGACGUCAAGCGCAGCGGUACACUGUAAAGCCGACGUAGCACAUCUCUGCCUGUCUUGCGAUUCAGAACUUCAUUCAGCUAACCAAGUAGUGAACCGUCAUCCCCGCACCAUCUUAUGCGACUCAUGCAACCACCUCUCAGCUUAUGAUGGGUGUCUGGAUCACGGCGGCGGCGGGCUUAUGUGCCAUUUAUGUGACCGGAGCCACCUUGUGACGACGUCCCCGGUGCAUCAAAGACUUUCAAGUAGCAGUUACAGUUACACGGGUUGCCCGGCUGCCGAGGACUUCGCAGCAAUUUGGGGUUUGCAAAUGAAUCAUGAUCACAUUAGUAGUGCAAGUCAUGUGGGGAGCUUGGAUAUAUUGGGCCAGAUUCUCGACUUGCAAAGGACUCAGUCGACUGUUCCUCUUGGACUGUGCAGCAAUAAAACUAGCCAGUCUGACAAGAUGCAAGACCAGCUUAGGGUUUCUGAUGAUGAUCCACAUAUACCUGAUGAUGAAUACCUAGCAUUCCUGAACUUGGAAGAACUAAUUGGAGACGAAGAUGAUCAAGAUCUUAUUGUGAAAACUCAGCAGCUACUUGAUGAUCCCAAUCUAGAUACGGCUGCAGCCUCCAAGGACGGUCGGACGGAAAGUUCAUCUCUUCCCGCCAAUGGAUCUUCAUGUUCAUUGCCGUCGUCGGUAUCCUGCAAUACAUUCAGCAGUAGUAGUAUGGUUUCACAAGGUGUCAAGGGUGAACAAGUUUUUGACGCCAGAGCAAAUGCCAUGAUGAGGUACAAGCAGAAGAAGCAUUCUCGUGUGUACGAAAGGAAAAUUCGAUAUCAAAGGAAGAAAGCCAUAGCGGAUUCACGUAAACGGGUGAGAGGUCGAUUUGCGAGAAAUUAAGAAGCAGGGCAUCAACUCACUGAAGCUUAAGCUCUCAUGCGUUUAGUUAAAACUAACACUACACAUUCUUCCGUGUAGGAGUAGGUAACAGCGUGAUUUUCUCUUUUUGUAUCAAAUUUAACUAACUAUG